AGGGAGCCGACGAGGCACCGGCUGCUGCUGCUGCGACUCCGCUCCCCGCCCCCUCCCGCGGAGCGACCCGGGCGGCCGGCGCCGCAGGAGCCCUUCCUUGCACACGCUGCGCCAGGCGCCCAGGGUCUGUGCUCCCUUUGACAUGCACUACCUGACUGAGGAGCCCUGCUAGUUACCUGAAGGAGCACCUGCCUGCAGAUCAACAGCAAGGUAGCACCUGACCCAAAGAUUCCCACUAGCAACACUGAAUGAGAAUUCCACCAUUGCCUAGAGCUCACUAAUUCAGUUGGCAAUAUGGAUUUCGUGAUGAAGCAGGCCCUAGGGGGGGCCACCAAGGACAUGGGUAAAAUGCUGGGAGGCGAAGAGGAGAAAGACCCCGAUGCCCAGAAGAAGGAAGAAGAGCGACAAGAAGCCCUGCGGCAGCAAGAGGAAGAGCGCAAGGCAAAGCAUGCCCGCAUGGAGGCAGAACGGGAAAAGGUCCGACAGCAAAUCCGUGAUAAGUACGGUUUGAAGAAGAAGGAGGAGAAAGAGGCGGAGGAGAAGGCAGCGCUGGAGCAGCCGUGCGAGGGGAGCCUGACGCGCCCCAAGAAAGCCAUCCCAGCAGGCUGCGGGGACGACGAGGACGAGGAUGAGGAGAGCAUCCUCGACACGGUGCUCAAGUACCUGCCGGGCCCACUGCAGGACAUGUUUAAGAAGUAGCCCGGCCCCACCAGCCCCCUGCCCUGCCCUGCCCACCGUCCCUGGCACUGCCAGCUCAGAGCUUGGGUUGAGGGAGGGCGGUCCCAGUGGGGCAGGGGGGAUUUACAUUUAUUUAUUUUUUUACUUCAUUUGAUUCCUUUUUUUUUCUUUUGUUCCAAGGGGAGACCCCACACGUGUCCUUGUGCCACGGGGCCCCUGCCAAGCCACCGCACUGCCCUGCCCCACCCCUUUCCCCCCAGGAAGAAGCACACCAGGCACAGGGCAUGCUCCCCCCUCGCUGCACCACUUGCUACCCAUCAGACCAAAAACCACUCUCACCUGCUCUGCUCCCUGGAGCUGCAGGCUGGGCCACUGCCGGGAGCCUGCCUCCCCUUCUCCGACCCCCGACCCCUGCCCCGUGGCAGAGCUGGAGUUCUGUUGUGCCAAAGUGCCAGCUGGCUACAUGGGGAAACGACCCCCUCUCCCCCACCCCACAAAAAAAAAACUGGGCACAGGGUGAGGAACUUGGACCAAAUUCACUGAUGCAACCCUGGGGAAGGGGUUUGGGCUCUGCACAAUGUCGUGCCACCCCCCCCCCCCACGCACAUUCCUGACCCCCCCCCAUGUUGACUGCCAGGGAGGGACUGGGUGCCCAUUUCCCUUCACACCUUGGGGCAAAGCCAGCCCCUGCACAUUCCAUCUCUUGACUAAGAGAGCGACCAACAGGAGCACCCCCUGACCUCAUCCUCGCACCCAAGGGCUGCUGGGUUGUUUCUCACAUGCUUGGGGGAAAGGCGGAGCUUGUUUCUGGAAGGAAUCGAACUCGCACCCCCAAACACUAAUGUGGAGAGACUUACCUGCACCAAGAAUUACGUGUGUGGGAGGCAGGGGAGAAAGCUGUCCCUGCUACGACUUCCAUUUCAAGCACGCACAUUCAGACACACCUUCCACAGCCCCACUACAGCCGGCGAAGGGUCCAAGGGCCAAGGUUAAGCAUCAGCUCUUCCUUGCAGGAUGACCUUUGGUCUUGGGUUCCAAGACCUGUUGGCUCCUCAUGGGUGUGGAGGACAAGAGGUUGGGAGGCGGCACUGUCACCCUAGCUGUCUCGGCCAUCUUUUUCUGAUCGAGUUCAUCCUUUGUCAUUUGAGCUGCAGGGGGUGAACUGGGGCAGCUGCAGGCUGCAGAGUACGAGGACCAGGGCCAUCCUCUUUCUGUCAUUUUGCUCUCCAAAGUGGAGGGUUUAGAGUCUUGAUUUGUGGAGCAGGGGACCAAAGUGGAUCAAGGGCACUUGCAGGCAGGGGCUUAUUGUUGUGAAUGGGUCGUUCAGAUGUUGUAAACGGGUCAGUGGCAAGAGGUUUACCAGAGUUUCCCCCAUAAAGGGUAAAUCUGGGAUAAAUAAAUGGGAGGGAACACAGGCAGGCAUUUGCCUACGUGAGAAGCACCCAUUCCAUAAUAAACACCCACUUUGGAGCACCCAAACUCAAAGAAAGUGGAAUAGGGUCAGCACAUGGAGGAUGGAAUAAGAGCUCCUUUUUCCAGCCUGGGAAUAGCCAGCUGCAUUUGUGUUGCUGGAGAACCUGAGGGUCAUCAUCGUCACCUUCUUUGAAGGGGGCUGAAGCAGGGACCCUGGGACAGAACUGCCAGCGUGUGUGGCUAACCCUUGGCUGGAAGAUCGGUCUCUUGGGAUGAGGAGCCUCAAUUCAUCUCCUAGGCUAGGAUUGGGAGCCCAUUGCUGUGGCUAUCUUGGUCCCCCAGGAUCCUGCUACAGGCCCCUGCAGAUGCAAAAAUGGUGCACAGAGCAGCACAGACACAAAUCUUGCCUGCACUACUCUUGCUUCCAUGACCUAAACAUCUCUUCCCUUCUCAUGCUGCCCCAGUUUUCUCCUUAACGGAGAAAUGUCAAGGACCGCCACCCCCACCCCCAUAUACACAAUGGUUUUUGGGCGGGGGUCGAGGUACUGCAUAGUCUGUGGGACAAUCUUCCGCUCUCCCACCUCUGCAGCCCCCAUCCUGUCCAUGGGUGUGGCAAUCUCCAGAUCCCCCACCCCCCAAAAGAAAAACACCCAGUGACUCCCCUUUGCUGUGCUAUUGUUGCAUACACUCCCUGCCUGCUAACCCCAUCCUUUCUCCAGAGCCACAAGAUUAAGCAAAAAGCAGUGACUAGGAGACAAGGAAGGGUGGUUUGGGAGUGGGGGGAGACGUCUCCCUGCUGUUGGUUGGCACCCUGCCAAACAACACCAGACCUUGGCCACUGCUGAAAACAAAGGCAAGGGCCCAGCCUUCCUUGAGGAAGUCUUGUGGUUCUCAUUCUUCUGUAUAUUUGUUUGGGAAAGAAGAUCCCAAUUGUUCCUCCAUCCCAAGAUUCCCCACUGCCCCUGGGGGGCUUUUGCUUUUAUGUUGGGGUUGAGUUUGAAUAUAAAAGAAAUCUCCCUCCAUUGAGUGUCCUUCCUUCCUUCCUUCCUUCCUUCCUUCCUUCCUUCCUUCCUUCCUUCCUUCCUUCCUUCCUUCCUUCCUUCCUUCCUUCCUUCCUUCCUUCCUUCCUCCCUAAUAGUUAAAGCCAUAUCAGUUAGACUGCAAUACUAUCAACACUAAAAACUCUGCGGGCCGCGCUCUCUCAUCUUGUACAAAGGAGUGUCCCGGGGGGGGGGGGCCUCCCCCCCCUUGCCCGCUUGUCUGUGUCUCUGGCCACCCACCAUGUGGCCCAUGCGUGUCUUUUUUGCAUUGGUGUCUCUGUAACAGGGUAAUUCACCCCAACGCCUGCCAUCUGUCUUAUUGUCUCUGCUAGUCACUCACGAGAUGGUCACUGUACGGCUCCAUGGAGCUCAGGACUUGGGGGUGGGGGGCAGAGGAGCUUCGGGCAGGGCGGAGUAGAGAGGGCCAGGAUGGAGGUGGCAAAGGGGAAGCAGCCCAUUCAGCACCUUAUUUGCUCACAAACCGUUUUUGCCAUGGCCGACCAUUGUGUGUGCAAUCACCUCUCACCAGACACAGAGCAUGACUGUGUUGUGCAGGGACUGGCCAGCGGAAAUUCAGGAUGCUCCCUGCUGGCUGCUGGCAGGUGAGCUCUGUGGCGAGGUGGCACUGCUUUGUCCUGGGCUCUCACACGUCCGCUGUCUGCUGCUGGACCCUGCUGGCUGAAUGCUGAAAACUGCAAUAAGUCCACUUCUCACAUGGGGCAAAGGGCUGAUGCUGAAGCCAGCUUCCUGCCUUUGGGGUGGUGUUGCUGAUGCUCUCGGUUUACUUUAUUUUUUUAAUGCUACAGCCACACGUUGGUGGCCCGAUCCCACACAGUAGGCUUUGACAGCCCUGGAUCCCACUGGCUGCAAGGCUUCUGCUGGCCUCUAUAUCAUGACCUUGAGCUUCUGAUGUUGUCUUUGCGGCACUGGGAGGCACUGCACUGCAACAGUUCCCAGGCCAUCACCAAGGUAGCCUGGAGGAAACCCCUUGCCUGGUGCUUCAUCAUUAUCACUUUUAGUAAAUUGAGAAGAAGCUGCUUCUAAUAUGAUGGUGUAUGUGCACUUCAGUGUGUGUAUGCACAUAAAGGGGGGGGGGGUAAAAGUUUUAGCAUAUACACCAGUAGGUUUAAGCCAGCCUCCCUCCACCAUCCCAUGUAUAAGGCAAAUAAAUCUGGCCACUUCCGACAUCCCUUAACUCCCUUUUUCUCCUACACAUUUUAAGGCUCAGAAUCACACAUAUGAGUGUCUGUUUACAUUAGUGCAUGCCUGACUCUGUGUGUGUGUGUGUGUGUGUGUGAGAGAGAGAGAGAGAGAGAGAGAGAGAGAGA